AUGCUUUGCCUCGCUUAUAACCAUAUCGUUUAUGGAACAUGCGAACUGAAGGAUUAUCCCGAGGGUGAACCUCCACAUUAUUGGCAGUUCGAGAGAACACCCGUUCGUCAGUGGUGGGCGAAACACUUCGGGAUUUCGGACAUCGAACACCAUGAAAGGAAUCUCGCAUAUUAUGAAAAACUAGGAAUACAGGCUAGAUGGAGGCAAAUUGAGCAGCGUGUUAAACAUUUGGAAGGAGAGCGUUGGGAUUACAAGGCUUGGAGUUACCAGCCGGUGUCGACUACUUGGGUGGAUUACGGUAGAUGGCAUGCCCUGCGCCUUCGAGACCAAUACGAACAACAUGGACAUUAUCCGCAAUAA